UAAAACAACUGGUAUAUCUGCUCACUCCCCUCGCGAACAUUUCACAGAUAUUCUCACACGGACGGUGCCGGGACCUGGAGGCGAUGGGAUGACGUCUCCACCACUUGUCACCUGAAUGAAAAGAAACUAAGGCCAGAGGAGACGAAGAGGAAGGGAUUUACACUAGGACCUUUUCUUUGCCGGGUUGCCACGGCGAUGACUCUCCAAGCGCUGUGGGACAAUGAACCUAUUGGACGCUGACCUGCCAUAGAGGAUGUUUCCCAGCAGACCGUCACCUGUCUCCUGAUGAAUGUGAACACGUGUCACCCGGAGACACUGAACGCUUUCAAACCCUAACCCCCCCCCCCCCUCCCGCCGUUUCUGUUUUGCUUCCACCGCCGCCGCCCACAACCACACGGACGAGCGGCUUCCAGGAUGUUUGUGAAGCUCAGGCGGAUGCGUAAAUGUUACCGCCUGCAGCUGCUGACCACCUGUCUGGUGGUGUCGCUGGUGAUGGUGUGCUGGCAGGAGCUGGACGGCAACAUGGUCAGUCACAUCAAGUCCUACUCGUCCUACCUGAUCAACCCCUUCGCCUACAUCAACCAGAGUCUGACCAUUCCCCGCGAGCAGGCGCGGCGCUUCAGCAACUUCAGCUUCCUGCUGGACCACCGGGGCAAGUGCACCGGCCAGGACGUCCUCCUGCUGCUCUUCAUAAAGACGUCCCCCGAGAACAGCGAGAGGAGGAAGGCCAUCAGGUCCACCUGGGGAAACGAGACCUACAUCCAGAGCGCGCUGGGGGCCACGGUCAAGGUGGUGUUUGCCCUGGGGCUCCCUCGGACCCGGGCGGAGGAGCCCACGUGGAGCAAGAGGAGCGGGCACGGCCUUCAGGAGCAGCUGGUGCUCGAGGACCGCCUUCACGGCGACUUGAUCCAGCAGGACUUCCUGGACUCCUUCCACAACCUGACCCUGAAGCUGAUCAUGCAGUUCCGCUGGAUGCACAGCCGCUGCGCGCACGCCCGGUUCCUCAUGACCGCCGACGACGACAUCUUCAUCCACAUGCCCAACCUGGUGCGCUACCUGCGGGAGGCGAGCAGCUCCGGCGUCUCCGACUUCUGGGUCGGCCGCGUGCACAGUUGGGCGCCGCCCAUCCGGGACAAGGAGAGCAAGUACUACGUGUCCCACGACAUGUACGAGUGGUCGUGGUACCCCGACUACACGGCCGGGGCCGGGUACGUGGUCUCCGGCGACGUCGCCGACCGGAUCUACCAGGCCACGCUGACCCUGAACGCCUCCAUCUACAUCGACGACGUGUUCAUGGGCAUCUGCGCCAACGCCAUCGGCGUGGCGCCGCGCGAGCACGUCUUCUUCGCCGGCGAGCGCAAAGCGCCGUACCACCUGUGCAUCUACAGGCAGAUGAUGACGUCCCACGGCCACGUGGACGACAUCUACGAGCUGUGGCGGGCGGCGACGCACCCGCGGGUCGAGCGGGGCGUCGGCGGACUGAUGGACCGCCUGUACUGCACGGCGGUGAAGAUCUCGCUGCUGUGUCGACCGUACUUCACGUACCCAUGCAAGGCGGCCUUUUCCUAGUGGCCCUGGGAGUCCCGCUGCCAAAACCCCUGUGAAUCUUACCUCAGUCCUUGAGUUGGACACUUAAGAAGAAGCAGAAGUACUCUUUCCUGUCAUGUGUCAUAUUUGUUACCAUGAAAUGUGUCCUCUGCACACAACCGAACCCCUGGGGGAGCAGCGGGCAGGUGUGUGUAUAUAUAUCUGUAUAUACCUUGUAUCUAUAUCCACUCUAGUCUACUUUAACUAGUGUUGGAUGGACCAGAUCUUUUAUCUCUGUCGCUGUAAAAAGACUUGUGUUUAUGAAGCUAAAGUACUCGUCGUCUCAGCUCUCAGAUCACACGUUUCUCAACAGUUCAACAAUUCAGUGUACAGCAAAGUAUAAAAACUGUGUGAAGUACAUUUCCUGUGUAGAAGGUUUUAGUAAACGCCAGUAAAGUCUACCCUUUUUAUACGA